CACGGCAAAUAAUCCCACGUCAUGGUAUGGCAAGACUUCGAUUCGGUACCUCCACCUCCAACACUGCCCUGGAGUCAACAGCAUAAUAUCCGCACAGAUUGAUGGGCGCACGCUCAAUUGCUGCGAGAUUGAAUCACAAUGGUUCUUGAGAAUUCCUCCAUUGAGGAGGGCACUGUCUCCGACGUCGACCCCUACGACACCCAAGCAGCGCCCGGCCGACCUGGCCGAAACUAUCAUAUCGAUGUAGCAGCUCUUCCUAAGCCCAUGCCCAUAUUCGGCCCUCUGUUUGGCUAUAACCAGAAGCUUUUCGAGAAGGUGUUGCAUGAAAAGCUCGUAAACGGGGCGCAUGCUCUCGGGAGACCACCGACUCAGGAAGAGGCCGAGGCUACUGCGUUCUGGACUGCCAAACAGAUAUCGAUCAUCUCCUAUGGCUCACCUAUAGGGGUUGCGGGGGGUUGGUGGAGGGCAUGGAAUACAGCCUCAACAUAUCGAUUUCCCUUCUGGCAACCGAAUCCCGAAACGUUCAAUCCAUUAUCAUUCCCUCCGGCAAUGGGCACCUUAAGGAACCUCCACGCGAUGAUCGCGUGGCAUGCUCUGAGAGCGCUGGCAUACGGGGUUGUGGGAAAUUAUGUCGGUCAGAUUAUUAUUGGGAGUUAUUCCAUAAGUACUGCGGCGGUCGGCGAGCUCUCGGACAAGAGAUUGACGGCGAUGGUCAAUGCAGUGAGACAGCAAGCCCAACAAAGACGUGGGGGCUUACCAAGUCCAACGCAACAACGUGCUGCUGGGAUGGCUCGAAAUCAACCGGAUGAUGCCAGCCCGACUGCUGGCAUGUAUGGAGACGAGAGCUCGGAAACGGGAAGUGAUAUCGGAAGGCUAGGCAUGAGUGAUGAUAAACUGCAAGAGGACCGCACCAGGACAUGGCCCCGGCCAUCGAAGGCACCUCAGAUGGAGCCAUACGAGGCCCAGGACGAAGGAUUUGUGUUUGAUGAUGCCUCUCCAACCGGUGGUCAAGGUGUCAGUGCCGAUACUGCACCACACCAAAUGUCCGCCUGGGAACGAUUGAGACGUGGUGAAAAGCCCGUACCAAGUGGGCAGGCAGGGCCUAGAGGUCUAGCAGCACCUGCUCAACCACGGCAGAAUGCAUGGGCGAAGCUCCAGAAUAAUACCCAGCCAGAACAAGGAGGGUUAUCUGCUAGUGAAAGCUACACGUUCUCCGAGACAGACGAAGACCGAAAUGUGGCGAGGGCACAAGCUCAGAAGGAGUUUGAUGCUCAGGUUGAUCGGGAACGGCGGGGAGGAGAUUUUAACAGUGGUGCCGAACGACGACGAUGGUAAAUGUACUAUAAGGAAUUGCAUAAAAUGAUAGAUAUGGCAUUGUGAAGGGAGUGUUGUGUGGGAUCAACAGAUACUCUUUCUCAUUUGUUUGGCAUAGAUUAGUGACACCGACUACGACAAUAUACAAUAAAGACUAUUUUCCUUGGAAAAUGCUUGUGGCUUUCUUCUCUGAUAGCAAAUAAAAGGAAAUAAAUAAUCCGGUC